CUGCGCGCGCAGGCAAGAUGUCGGCCCCCGUGUUCCCGAGCCCGCGGCUGCGGCCCUACAACUGAGAAGACCACGGGCGGCCAUACACCAGCCGGGGUCCCAGUCCUUGUCGUGGGACCGGGUGCCCAGGGACUCAGUGCUGCACAAAUCCGAGGGCGCCAGGCUGUCCCGCGCCAGAACAGCCUGUGAGGACCACCCCUUCCUCCUCCCCAGACUGCACCGCACACCCCGCGCCCCUAGAGGGCUGCGUCCUGGCGCGCACUUAUGAAGAGUGACCCCGCAACCUCCGCAGCCCCGCUGAGGGCGCUCGGGGGAGCCCUGCGGAGCAGCGAGCCCGUGCGUGCCGUUCCGGCCCCGUCGGCGGCCGCGCUUCUGCUGGAGGAGGCGGCCGACCUGCUAGUGGUGAACCUGGACUUCGGCGCGGCGCUGCGCACCUGCGAACGCGCCUGGCAGGGCCUGGCGGAGGAGCCGGCGGGCGCCUCCUUGGAGGUGAAAUGCUCUCUGUGUGUUGUGGGCAUCCAGGCCCUGGCAGAAAUGGAUCGGUGGCGGGAAGUCCUGUCCUGGGUUCUUCAAUAUUACCAGGCUCCUGAGAAGCUGCCCCCCAAAGUCCUGGAACUGUGUGUUCUUUUAUACAGUAAAAUGCAAGAGCCUGGAGCCGUGCUGGAUGGAGUCCGUGCUUGGCUUCAAGACCCUGACAACCAGGGCCUUCCAGAGUAUAGAUCCUUAGCAGAACUUCACCUGCAGCGGGUGCUACUUCCUCUGGGCCUCCUGUCAGAGGCUGAAGAGCUGGUGGUGGGCUCUGCAGCCUUCAGCGAGAAACAGCGGCUGGAUGCGCUUCAGGCCAUUAGUGCAGCGAGGCAGCAGCAGACACAUGGGCACUCUGGCUCCGAGGAGACGCAGACACUAAACCAGGAAGUCCUGUCCCACAGAGCUGGUGUGGUGAUGUCAGAGUCCUCUUCUACAGAGGUGGUGUCUGGUGAUGUCAGAGCCCUCUCCUGUGGAGCUGGCUCCUCCUCCCACAAGUUCCUGUCUCUACUGACGUUGCUGCGCCAGCUCUGGGACUCUGCAGUCAGCCACUUCUUUUCUCUGCCCUUCAGUAAGAGCCUGCUGGCCGCCUUGCUCCUCUGCCUCCUGGUGUUGAGGUUUGAUCCAGCGUCUCCCCGCUCCCUGCCCUUCCUCUACAAGCUGGCUCAGAUCUUCCAGCGGAUCCGCGAGGCCAUGUCUCCUCCUCUCUGCCAGCUUCCCAUCCAGCACUGAGUGGUCGUCCCUGCUCGCCUCAACCCCCUGUGCCCCAAGCCUGCCGGAGAAGCAGAGUCACUCGUCCUUGGCAACCUGCUUCCUGCAGCCAAUGGGCCCUGCCAGCACAGCCAGCCUAAUUCCAGGGGAAGCUGACCUGGCUGGGGCACCGUGUCAGGCUGCCUCAAGCACCCUCCCCUUGCGCCCUGCACUGGCGGGCCUGGCAGGUGUUGUGAAGACAAGACCAAGAUGCACAGCCCUGCAGAGGCCCCUGCAGAGGAGGGGUUGUGGGAAGGGAGUGCUUCCUCCUUGACAUUCCUUGACACGAUCCGUCUUCCUGCAGAAGCAGGGGUUGGUCUUUCAGGCCAGAGGUUCAUGCAGCUGGAAAUUUAGAGCAAGGUCCUGGCUGGGGGACCUUGGCCUUGCACUUGCAUGGAACACUUACCUCUGAAGGUGGUCCCCAGGACAGGCUCCAUAGUCUGGUCUGGCUUAUCACUCCCCAUUCCUCCCCAAGCCCGGAGAUGUGCCGUGGGCUGCCCUCUGCUCACACUGAGCGUGGCUUCCUGAGCCUCAAGUCCUCUUCUAACUGGGUAAGGGGAUCUGGGCAGCUGCCUCCUGGACUAAGCUCUGUUCCAGCUGUCAGUGGCCAAGCGGGGCUGUGUGAGGAGGUGUCUCUGCCUUCUCCCUCCUGUUGCCCCUUCCUUCCUGCUGCCCCCCACGCCCCUCAAGGUAAUGGUUUGUGCUCUGCCUUGCUGGUUCUUUCACCAGCUGCUGCUGCAUCCUUGGCACACCCUGUUGCUGGCUCCCCCCUUUCUGUGUCCUGUUCCAGUUAUGUUCUGCUGUUCGUAUAAUGCACAAGUGUUUCUGCUCCUACAUCCUUGGAAAGUAGGCCAGCCUCAAAAGCUGAUGCACUGAAAAUGGAGCGGAUAAUCAGGGGAGCUGGAAGGAUGUGUGGAGGGGGUUGGGCAGAGGGGAGGCUUGGGAGGCAGUGAACGAUGUUACUCCUUGUCUGGGGGUGGGAGGCAGUAGGGCCCUGCAGUUGUGCAGCUGAAAUGUUUCAGUGCUUUCUCUCAGUGGCCGCAAGAAUCCUCCCUGUCUCUGCGGGGACGUGGAGGCCAUUGCUGUGGGGCUGGGGGUGGAGGCGCCUAGCAGGCCAGGAAGACCAGGGGCUUAUCAGCUUUGCAUUAAGACCCUCAGGAGCUCCAGGUCAGCGGCAUCGCUUUCAUAAAAUGAUGGAGUGAGUAAACUUCAGGCCCUGGGAGGUUAAGUCCUAGGGUGUCGUAAAACAUGCUGAGAGAAGGGGAGCCGAUCAGGCUUGGGGAUUUCUCCUUUACAGUGAUUUUUAAAACCUGGUCCUGUUCGUGCCACGGAUAGAACUCUUGAGUGGCUUCCCCUGUGCCUGAGGGUAAAACCCCAGUUCUUAUGGAGUGUAGGGACCUUGGGCACUGGUUUUGGCCGACACCCGCACCUCACGUGGGGCCUGAUCCAGCCGCUGGCAGUCACGGUUUUCUGAGCACUGCACCCCUCACACCUCUUACCUUCUGCGCCUGCUGAUCCUCUGGAGGCCCAGCUCCCCUCUCGUACGGUGGGCUGCCCCUGGGAAUCUUCUCCUGGCCCGUUUCGUAUGCUUUCUGCAGUGGUGGCCCCAUGCCUUGUGACUGUGGGAUCCUGGGGCCUCUGUGAAGCUGGGGUGUGUGACUGCAAUGUUGAAGUGGUGGGAGGCUGCCCUCCCACCUGUUGGUGUGUGGCUGUUGGGAAGUGAUUUAACCUCAUCUCUAAGGUGAUUGUCCUCUCACAGAAAUUUUUGGGUGAGAUGGGUGAGUAAAUGAGCCUCCAGGGCAGUGUUAGCAGGUUCCUGCUCUGGGUAGGAGUCCCAUAAGGGGUGGCUGUGUCCUCACUGCCCGGCUGAGGGCCGGGGGUUAGAAGGUGUUCAGAGGCAUGUCAGAGAAUGAGUGGAUGUAACUGACAGCAGCCUCUGCUCCAGUGUGGGGGAGAGGGGUUGUGUUGUGGAAACCCUGACUUCUGUCACCCCGAAGCCCGUGUGACCCUACUCCAGGCCUCGGGCAUCUUGGCUUCCUGUUCGCCAGGUGCUCUGCAGUCUUGUCUGGCAUCCAGCCCCAGCUCCCCUCCUCGUCUGGCAAGGAGCUGGACCCGCUGCUCAAGUGGCUGGGCCUUGUCUGGGGAUGCAGCUGCUGCUCCGGCUGGCCUCAGCGCGGAGCCUGAUGACAUCUGAAGCGAAGGGCGGGCCGCCUGGUCACUCCAGCACUGGUGCUGACCAGGGAGGUCCCCACUGCUUCCGCUGCCUUUCAGCCCUUGAGGUGUGGCUGGGCCAAAUCAAGAUGUGUAAAUAUAAAAUACACACUGAUUGCAAACACAGAGCUAAAAAGUGGAGACUCGGUAAUUUUUAUAUUGAUCGCGUAUUGUAAAUCAAGAUGAUGUGUAAAUAUACACACUGAUUGCAAACACAGCUAAAAAGAGUAGAGACUUGGUAAUUUUUAUAUUGAUGGCAUAUUUGAAAUGAUAAUCUGCAUAUAUUGGACUAAAUAAAAUCUGUUAUUACCUGUUUUUUCCA